CUCCUCGGCCUUUUAAAGCGAGACGAGAACGUCCCAGGCUCGGAAAGCCGGAACGCGGCCUGCCCCCUCAGGGCCCAGCUGCCUGCGCUCCCGGUGCCUUGCGGAGAGCUCCCUAAAGCCGCGCUCGCCCCUGUCCCUGCAGGGGGAAGGCUGCUCAGCGCGGUUACUGAAAACAGGAACCUGCCCCUCUGCGAGGCCCGCGCCUUCCUCGUUUCUCACAGAGGAAGCGAGCGGCGUGUGUGGCAACUGCUGCUCGUCCCGAUAGCAUGGGCUUGCCUACGCCCCUGGGAGGCCCGGCUGCCCGCCCACUCCGCCGGACCCACCGCAGCUGAUGCAGAGGCGCUGACGGCGACCCUGGCACCCCCUCGUCGGCUACUCCCAGGGGAGACCAUGUCCAGCCUGUGAAGGCUUCGCCAGCCGUCCGCAGCCCGGGGAGCAAGCGAGAUGGGGAACAGCGUGAGGUCCGCCCCGGCGCCUCCCGAGAGGACUCUGCCCUGCCCCGAUGGACUGGACAGCGACUACCUGGCCGUGCUGAGUGACUACCCGUCUCCUGACAUCAGCCCCCCAAUAUUCCGCCGAGGAGAGAAACUGCGCGUGAUUUCUGACGAAGGGGGCUGGUGGAAAGCCAUCUCCCUCAGCACUGGCCGGGAGAGUUACAUUCCUGGGAUAUGCGUGGCCAGAGUUUACCACGGCUGGCUGUUCGAGGGGCUGGGCAGAGACAAGGCCGAGGAGCUGCUGCAGCUGCCCGACACGAAGAUCGGCUCCUUCAUGAUCAGAGAGAGUGAGACCAAGAAAGGUUUCUACUCUCUGUCCGUGAGACACCGGCAGGUAAAGCAUUACCGAAUCUUCCGCCUGCCCAACAACUGGUACUACAUCUCGCCCAGGCUCACCUUCCAGUGCCUGGAGGACCUGGUGAACCACUAUUCCGAGGUGGCCGACGGCCUCUGCUGUGUGCUGACCACACCCUGCCUGACUCAGAGCACAGCUCCCCCCGCGGUGAGAGCCGCCGACUCCCCCAUCACCUUGCGCCAGAAGACCCUGGACUGGAAGAGGGUGUCCAGACUUCAGGACGACCCCGAGGGGGCAGGGAACCCACUCGGCGUGGACGAGUCCCUUUUCAGCUACGGCCUCCGGGAAAGCAUCGCCUCCUACCUGUCCCUGACCAGCGAGGACAGCGCCCCCUUGGACCGCAAGAAGAAGAGCAUCUCCCUGAUGUACAGCGGGAGCAAGAGGAAGAGCUCCUUCUUCUCGUCGCCGCCCUACUUUGAGGACUAGCCGGGGAGCCGCCGCCACGCCGUGUGCCCGGAAGGAACAGAGGUUCGGACUCGCACCUGGGCUCCCACCGAAAAGCUCGCUUCCCUGGGCUCCCCCCGGGGAGCCUCGCGUCUCCCAGGAGCCAAGAGAAGCUACGGGAGACUCCCACUCCCACCUUCUCCGUCCACAUGAAGACCUGGGGGACCGACCCUCUCUGGUGUCUGACCGGUCCUGGGACGUCACAGAACGUUGACUUGCGAUGCCUGGACGCGGCCGUGUUUUGGGAGAGUCCUGCUAGAGUGCUGUAUGUGUGCGCCCGCGGUGUUUGUGGGACAGACAGGCACCCUCUCAUCGGAAAGCACACCAGGACCAUCCUCUGACCGACUGUCCAGAUGGCCACACUCUGAGCUCACAGAGAAAACCUCUGAAUGAGAAGCGUCUGAGAAGAAGAUGAGCCCAGGCUGUGUCCUGGCCCAGCGUCUGGGUUUGCAAACUGGUCUUGCGCCUGGAACUCUCUCAGCCAAUCCACAGAGAGGCCUUUGGUGUGCAUCUUCUCUCUCUUUAAGGGGACUCGGUGACACUAAACAUUCACCUUCCUCAUCAGCCCUGAAUCAGGAGAUCCCUUUGCCCUGCUGGUCCCAAAGCCACACAUACAGAAGUCAGAUGGCCUCCCUGCCUCCGCUGGGGGCAAGGCAAGCAGGAGAGGGGGAGGCUGCUGGCUGGGGGGCGCAAUGCGGGGCCUGGAACCGUGCGAGCUUGUACCACGUCCCAGCCACGGCUUUGCGGCUCAGAGAGAGCUCAGGGGCACGCGGAGGUUCACGCCUAAAUUAAUGCAUCGGCGGUUCACUCACGACUGCCUGAAGAGGCACUGCGUUACGUCCUGUGUGCGGUGUCGGGCCGAGAAACCAGAAAACGAGAGAGGGAAGGGUGACUGAGCCCCGGGUCCCGGCAGAGGCAGCCACGGCGUGGACUAACAAAUACUGUGCACGUGGGGUGGGAACACAGAAACCAGCUCCUGCUUUGGGGGAGGGGGAGGACAGCGGUCAGGUGGGGGUGGCCCAGGGGCUCACGUUUCAGCCAGACCUUCAGAGACUGGAAGUCUCGGCCGGACUGAGGAGGUCAGAAUGGUUGGAUUUAAAUAUAUAUAUAUAGGGAACUGGUAAGUUCUAAAGAAUUCAGCCCAUCUGGUAUUUGAGUCUAAGGGUCUGGCACCCACAUGAAUAAAAGUGCGGAGCUCCAGGGAAGGAGGGAGCCGGAGGGGCUGCACGCUCUCUGCGUCACUGAAGAGACGGCGGCGGAGAGGCGCAGUCCAGCGGCCCUGCAGGACACGCUGCGUCUGCGGGCCGCCCCCGGCCCCCGCUAGCAGGGAGGCUGCAGAGGCAGCCGAGACUCGUUUCCCUCUCUGCAGAAGGGCUCGGGGGAGGGCGGGCACACGUGGUGUCCCUCGCCGCCCCAUGGAAGCCUGCCUGCCCGCCACACGCGCAUUCCGUAGCUCUGAAGUCACCGCACUCGCGGUGUGUGUGCGCGCGCGUUUCCAGGAGCUUGCGUGUCGUCAGAUUCCAGAGUGUCUGUAGACGGAGACGUGUGUGGUUUCCGCCACAGUCCCCGAACGCUGCUUCAGAGGGACCGGCCAGCACACGGGAAGUGGACGCGACACUGCGGACGCUGGCGUGACCUGCACACGGCAGAGUGACCCCGCGCGCCCCAGAUGUUCGCGCAGCGUCUCCCGGGCUGUUUUCCGUUGCGACUCCUGCGGGCGGAGCGUGUGGGGGGGACUGGGAGGGGUUUCUAGGUGGGAAGCAUUAAGUUUUGCUAAAUCAUGUAUUUAUUCCUGAUUAAAAUAAACCUAACGCGUA